GCUCCUCGCGCCAGCUGAUCAGUCCUCUGGAGAACAGCGCAGCGAGACGGACGGAUGAUAAAAUGGACUUUUCUACUCUAUUAAAGAAACAAAGGGGCACAAAGGUGUUCGUUCCAGAUAAAUAUUCUGUUCAGUUCUCCCGCGGGAAACUGGGACAGAGUCUUUCUCCGGAAAUGCAGGAUUUCGACUUGAGAGAUCCUAACAUCACCCGGAAUCUCUGGGAUUACAACUGCCUGCACGAUAAACAUCUAAAAAAAUUCUUCAAACGGCCGGAGAAGAAGAAGAGGCUCGUCCAACUUGGAUUAAUUACUCCGGAUGAGAGGGUGCUGUGCUCCGUAAAGGAGUUUAACGACUACCUGGAAUAUCUGAGGCACGCACCCCUGAAACAGGAUUCACCAGAAUCCAGCCGGAGGAAGCCCAAAUUAACGAUGACCUGCACAGAGAAUCCCUUCAGCCGACUGGAGAAGCAGCGCACAAAACCAAAAUUAAUUCAUCAGGAUAAACAUGCGCGUCUCACUUAAUACCCUCUCCACCCCGAAGAUAGCAGUGAUGCUGCAGCAAAAUUGAGACUGAGAGUGCAUCCUGAUUGGUCCCUGCUUGUGCUUAGAUCUGUCAGUGAGCACUGUGAGAGAGAUUUAGACUCCACAGCUCUCAUGUGGUUUAGACCAGAGGAGGAUGGGUCCCCCUUGUGAAGCCUGGUUCCUCCUGAGGUUUCUUCCCACAGGGGAGUUUUUCCUCACCACUGUCGCUUCAGGCUUGCUCACUUGGGGUUACAUUUUGUAAAAAUCACUAGACUAAUAAACAUUUUAUAGAAACCACAUAACAGAGUUCUCAGCCGUGACCAAAUCAUAUCAUUAACAUUACCUUCCCCCCAACAAAAAAAACAAAACAAA